AUGGUUGUUCUGAUAUUUCUUUUUCUCCUUGUGGUGAUUGGUGAGUAUUGGAGGGAAAUCAGAAAGAUAGCGGUUUUGGAACUUUUAAAUGCCAAGAAGGUUCUGUCAUACCGAGCUGUGAGAGAAGAAGAGGUUGCCUUGGCAAUUAAUCUGAUUCGCACUACUUCGGUUCCUAUUAAUCUAAGUGAUAUCAUGCUUAGUCUCAUGAACAACGUCGUUUGUCGAGUUGCUUUUGGUAUGAAGUACGAAGCUGAACAAAAAGAGGAUGGCAAGAAUAAAUUUUACUCGAUUUCUAAAGAAAUAAUAAACUUGCUUGGUGGAUUCAGUACUGCAGACUUGUUCCCGUGGAUGAGUUGGAUUCACAAGCUCAAUGGAUUAGACACAAGAUUAGAGAAGAGCUUUCGGCAUAUGGAUGAAUUCUAUGAUAAAGUAAUCGAUGAACAUAUAAAGAGUAGUAAAUCAUCAUUGAAAACUGGCGUUGAGUCGAUGUUCUACUACGAGUGCAAAAAGAUCCUAGUCGGGGACACAUUUGUUGCUGGAACUGAUACUUCUGCUGCGACACUGGUCUGGACUAUGACAGAGCUAAUCAAGAACCCAACAAUCAUGAAGAGAGCGCAAGAAGAGGUUAGAUCGUUUAUUGGAUUUAAAGAUAUGGUAGAAGAAACUGACCUUCAUAAACUAAGUUACACGAAGUUAGUGAUUAAGCAAGCAUUCAGAUUGCAUCCUCCUGCACCAUUACUAGUUCCAAGAGAAACCAGAGAGAAAUGCACAAUCAACGGAUACGACAUUCCAAUCAAAAUAACCGUUCUCAUAAAUGCAAAAGCGAUUUCGACCGACCCAGAAUAUUGGAAAAACCCUUACGAAUUUUGUCCUGAAAUAUUCUUAAACAGUAAUAUUGACUAUAAGGGUCAAGACUUUGAGUUGAUACCAUUUGGGGUGGAAGAAGAGGUUGCCCUGGUAUCAGUUUUUCGGCGGAAAUUGUCUUCGGAUAUGAAAAUAGAGGAAGUUGAUAUGAGUGAAGCUUUUGGACUUACAACGCAUAAGAAGGUUCCUCUGUGCCUUUUAGCUGAUAACAGUAAAUGA